CUGGUUCUCGAUGCUGACCACAGGGAGAUCUCUCUCGUUCUCCCAAACUUCUCGCAGCUCGAGAAGAAAGUGACGACUUCGUGGGAGAGCAUCCCGUUUUUUCUUGGUCCCGGAUACAAAGUAUGCCUCGCGUUCGUCCAGAGAAAAUCCAGCAACCUAGCAGCCGAGAUCCGUCUCCUACCUGGGGAAUUUGAUUACGAACUGCCAUGGCCGUGUAGCAUCGACUUCAGCAACAUCUCCAUCUGUCUAUCGCCAGUCAAAGACGGCAACAACAGUGACGCAAUCUGGCCUUCAAAGAGAUUUCAACAGUCGUUCAACCUCUCAUUGAAGGGGAGGGUAUACACUGGUGUACCACGCUGUGCCCUCGGUUCACACUUUUACCACAUUCUCUGGCAGAUUGAGAAAGUAAUGGACCCUCUCCCUCCCGCUCCAUCCGCCAUUCGCAGCCUCUACCUUCAAAACGAUUGUCUCGCCAUUGCUCUCACUUGGGGAGCACCCCGCGGUUCGAUAGGCGUCUUUGAAAAGUUGUCACUGAAGAUGCAAAAGUCGUCAAUUAAUGGGGGAAACGAAGGGGCAGAAGGCGGGAAUGAGGUGGUUAGAGAGGGAGGGAUAGCUGUGUCAACGUCGAUUGGUGGGGAUACGGGCACAGCUGGUCGGAUAGUCAGAAGACACAGGAGAAAAAAAUAA